CACACCAAGCUAAUGGACAGAACCGAACUCACACACCACACACAGAGGAAGACGAAGAAGAAGAGAGCGAGAAUCUUGAAGAGCCAGUAAUCUUAAUCCUUUUACCAUGGCGAUAGCUUCCUCUUCUCUUCAACCACUUCACCAAGUUCUAUGCCUCAAAUACACUUGCCUUUCUCCCAAUUCCCGAAAUUUCCAGCCUCGUCUCGGGUUUUCCUCUCUCAGGUUUCCCUCCACGAUUCGCGCUUGUUCAGCAGUUGCUCUUGAACCAGAUUUAGGUACAGAGAAGCGUCAAACUUUGGAGGAUGACCCAUUUGCAUGCCCAAUAUGUUAUGAGCCUCUGAUAAGAAAAGGCCCUCCAGGUUUUAAUUUAUCAGCAAUCUACCGGUCUGGUUUCAAGUGCAAGAAAUGCAACAAAACAUAUUCCAGCAAAGGCAACUAUCUGGAUCUUACAAUUACAGCUGCAAUGAAGGAAUAUAAUGAAGUCAAACCUGCUAGGACAGAGCUAUUCCGGAGUCCACUUGUUUCAUUCUUGUAUGAACGAGGGUGGCGUCAAAAUUUUAAUCGAAGUGGCUUCCCUGGUCCUGAUGAAGAGUUCAAAAUGGCUCAGGAGUACUUCAAACCAGCAGAAGGUGGUCUCCUAGUUGAUGUUAGCUGUGGCAGCGGAUUGUUUUCCAGAAAAUUUGCCAAAUCUGGGACUUAUUCUAAAGUUGUUGCGCUUGAUUUUUCUGAAAACAUGCUUCGCCAAUGUUAUGAUUUCAUUAAGCAAGACAUCACUAUCUUAAAUACGAAUCUUGCCCUUGUUCGAGCAGAUGUUUCUAGACUUCCUUUCUCAUCAGGUUCAGUUGAUGCUGUUCAUGCUGGUGCAGCCUUACAUUGCUGGCCAUCUCCUUCAAAUGCUAUUGCUGAAAUCUGUCGUAUAUUGCGAAGUGGUGGAGUCUUUGUUGGAACCACUUUUCUAAGAUACAGUGCAGUCACUUCCUGGAUUGAACGGCCGCUCCGUGAGAGGAUUCUGCAGAAUUAUAACUAUUUCACAGAGGAGGAGAUUGAGGACUUGUGCACAUCAUGUGGUCUUACCAACUACAAAAGCAAAGUUCAGCAAUCCUUCAUCAUGUUCUCUGCUGAGAAGCCCUCAGAUGUUUAGGUCAUUUAAACAAUUUUCUGGCCUUAACAUAUAUAUAUAUACACAUAUAUGAAUUGUAUAGAAUCUUGAAAUAAACAAAACCUGAAAAGGUGAUAACCUGAGGCAGAUGUAAAGUUAGUAAAAAAAAGUUUAUCAUAUUUAUUGCAUGAUUAGCCAAA